AGAUCCACUGAUGACCUCACAACUUUCCAGGCUUUGUUUGUCCGGAGCAGCCGCUGAUCCGCAGACGGACCCCGGAGAGCAGCGGACGCCGAGCUACAGCCCCUUCUUUCGGACUCAUCUGCAGCAGCCAUGCCGUCCGACAGACCUUUCAAGCAGCGGAGGACCUUCGCCGAUCGGUGCAAAGAGGUGCAGCAGAUCCGGGAGCAGCAUCCCAACAAGAUUCCCGUGAUCAUCGAGCGGUACAAGGGGGAGAAACAGCUUCCUGUUCUGGACAAGACCAAGUUCCUGGUUCCUGAUCACGUCAACAUGAGUGAGCUGGUGAAGAUCAUCAGGCGUCGGCUGCAGCUGAACCCCACCCAGGCCUUCUUCCUGCUGGUCAACCAGCACAGCAUGGUGUCCGUGUCCACCCCCAUCUCUGAGAUCUAUGAGCAGGAGCGGGACGAGGACGGCUUCCUCUACAUGGUGUACGCCUCGCAGGAGACCUUCGGCUGCUAGGGAGGAAGAGGAGGAGGAAGAGAAGGAUGGGAUGUCCUCUCCACCUUCAGACUCUUUAGUUUAUUCAGUUCAUUCAACACAAGCUGCAGACGGCUGCAGAGUGCGCUCUGCUGUUUCUCCACACACAGGCAGAGAGCUCUUAUUUUGAAAGACCACAAACUGACCAAUCACGUUAGAGAAUGUAAAGGCGUCGUCUCAAACACUAAACAUGCAUUUCUGGCUCAUUUUAACCCCUUUUAACUGAACUCUUAGUUUUAUUUACAGCCAACAUGGAGCUUAACCUUUGACCCCGAUGUGCAAUAUUUCCGCCCUCACUCAGCUGUAAGCACAACAUCCCAGCUUCUAGCGCCGUAGGUUCCCAGGAGCAGCGAAAGCCUCGCGCUGCAUUCAGGGCCGGACGUAGUUCUUAGUGUUCAGAGCAGAGUGACGCUGCAGCUUCAGGGAGGAGGAGAAGGAGCCACUGUUAGAGGACAGGAGGGCGGCGCCUCCUGCUGGUCAGUAGAAACACUACAACGUUCAACAGAGAAAUCGGUUUAGUGUAGGAACUGAAUGAGCUUUUUGUUUUGCACAUAAAUCAGUAAAAUGAGGCUCGUUUCUUUUAGGUUGUUUGUAAUAAUCAUCUUUUUUUGUACUUCUCCCAGUCUGCCUUCUUUAGCAGGAAUUUAUAGAAAACGUUUGGUUCUGCACUACAAACCCUGCAUGUUUUCACUUUUUUAUAGAAAUGUUAACAGAUUUUAUGCCAUAAAUAAUUGUUUUCUUUUAACUAUUAAAGUCUUUAUUAGAUGUUUUUUUUUUUUCAAACCAAAAACAUUAACAUAUGUAUGUAAAGCAAAGUGUGCGUCAUAUAAUCAACCUGUAUCACCGUGUUUUUCUCUAGGCUUCCACCAGGUGUCGCUGUUUUCAGCUGGUGUACAUAGAUGCAUUGCUGCGAGUUGACUCAGAGCGUUUGCCAGUAAAUAAAAACAUAGAAACUUUG